AAUGGAGGAGUAUGGUAAGUUGAAUAAUUUUGAUUUGAAUUUUAUAGUACAGACUUGCAGUUUCUAUGACAAAACGGAAAAGUAAGAGGGAAUAAAAGAGAUCUUUUCUUUCUAACAGAAGGGUUGGAGAAAGAGUGAUGUUCCGGCAACGACGAACAAGGAAUAACUGCCGUUCCCUUUCUAGUGGGUUACCUCAUUUUUAUUUUUCAAUGAAUUUUCGUUGUUAUAGAAGAUUGUAGAUAGCGUUGGCCUUAUCGUAUCGUGAUUCUCCAGAAGCCACCGCCAUGGAGAAUGAGGAUUCAGCAACCGAAUUCCAGGAUUGGGAGGUUCUCCAUGAGUAUGACCACACUUUCCCCCAACUUUGCUCCUCCAAUUUUCCCGAUUCGAACUCGAGGUUUUUUCAGGAAAUUGAAGGCGAUUCAGGCUCAGGAAGCACAAUCUGGUUGGAUUACUUCUCUCUUCGUAAUCACGAACCCAGUGCAAAGACUAAGACUGCCCUGAAGCCUACUGAAAGCAAUGGCUGUUUGGUCGAAUCAGAAAACCUCAGCUCCAUUGAUUCUGCUUCGGAGAAUCGGAAUUGUCGGAGUGAAUUAGGGUUCGAGUUGGGAGACGACCCUUUGGAGGAAUAUGAAUUGAACCAAUCUCAUGCGAACGGUCUCCCAGAUAUUACGAAAAGCAUAACAGGUUUUGAAGAAAUUUCAACCGACGCCGAGAAUUUGGAUGAACAAGAGGCCGAUGAUGGUAAACUGAAAGGCUCUCUUCUUGUUGCCAGAGAUGAAUCGCUCUCUGGGAAGGACAUGUAUAACCCAACGGAAUCCGAAGAAUCUAGUGAAGAAAUUGAGAGCCAAGAUGAGAUUUUGGACGACUCUUAUUCUAAUUGGAGUGGAAAUGAGUCAGUUGCCACGAAGUCUGGAGACGAUGGAAAAGGGAGCGAUGCAGGCAGCGAUCGUGUAGAUGGUGUAAAUGAUAUUUUGAACGAUAAUUUGGGUGGGGGAAAUGGAGAUUUGAGUGAGAAAAUAGAUGUAGCAAUGGCAAUUGAAGAAGUGAAAGUAGAGGCGAAAUCUGGUGAGUUAGAGGCACAGAGGAGGAGGGUUGUGUGGUGGAAGGUUCCUUUUCAGGUUUUGAGGUACUGCUUUUUAAGGGCUAGCCCUGCAUGGUCCAUUUCUGUGGCUGCUGCUUUCAUGGGAAUGGUGAUAUUGGGACGUAGAUUGUAUAAGAUGAAGAGGAAAGCCAAAAGCCUUCACUUGAAGAUUGCUGUGGUUGAUAAGGUUGCACAGUUUGCAGAUCAGGCUGCACGUUUGAAUGAGGCCUUCUCGAUGGUGAGACGGGUGCCUGUGGUGAGAGCUUCAUUGACAGGUGCAGGUGGAAAUUCUUGGCCUGCCAUGAGUACGAGAUGAAGUUUCUUGUAUUCAUGAAAAUUUAAACUAUUUUGAGAUGUCGGAGGUCUGCAUCUGUCAUAAGAUAUGUAAAUUUGAAGUUCAUAGGAAGCUAUUUUACAUUUGAAGUUCAUAGGAAGCUAUUUUCUUCUUAUUUUUUGCGAUGAUUUGUGUGUAAAUGAAUAUCUAAGCCUCUUCCACAUCCACUGUACUUUUAUUUCAACAAUUACGUUUAAAUAUAUCUAGAUUUUUGGAUGAUAAGAUUUAUAGAUUCCAUUCCAGAGGUGGAGAUGUAUAAGUUUCUUAAA